AUGGCUACUGAAAGAGAAAAGAUGCUCCGUGGGGAGCUAUACCGCGCAUUUACUCCAGAUCUUAUUGCAGCGCGGACCCGCUGCAAAUGGGCUUGUAAUCGGUAUAAUAACUCGGAGGAAGUGUCUCGUCGGAGAUUGGUGGAGAUGUGGAAAGACAUCACCGAAGACAAGACCCCUCUACCACCGAAACUGGAUGACCCCGUCGCAGAUGAUGAUCUAUUCCGGGAUGAGCCUUGGAUUGAGGCACCAGUCAAGAUAGACUAUGGAUUCAACCUUCAGCUUGGGGAGGGUGUCUUUAUUAACUUCAACUGCGUCUUUAUUGAUACCUGUCCUAUUAUCAUCGGUGCUCGCACCAUGUUCGGCCCUAAUGUCAGUUUAUUCUCAGGUACUCAUCCUCUUGAUCCUGCUUUACGAAAUGGAACUGAGGAUCCUGAGCUUGGUAGGCCCAUUCGUAUUGGGGAAGACUGCUGGCUCGGGGGUAAUGUCAUUGUUCUUGCUGGAGUGACUAUUGGAAAGGGUGCAACUAUAGGAGCUGGGAGUGUGGUGACCAAGGACGUCCCUGCUUUCCAUGUCGCUGCUGGAAAUCCAGCUAGGAUCAUCCGCCGGAUUGAAACGACAAUGACAGUUUAA